GAACACCUAUCAACGUCUCCUUCGUGACGUGACACGCAACUAUCAACAAUGUAUCUCACUGAUAUGAUAAAAAUAAGGCUUAUCACGUUGUAUAUCAGUUUCUUUCACAUUGGGAUCGUUAGAACCACGCUCAAAGAAGAAAUCCUCAUGGACACUCACUGUUGCCUCGCAACAGCCGAGUAGUAUCGGACUCUUACCGACUAAAACUCCACGGUGGUCCUCCUCCUUUGACGUUUACCAAGGUGACCCGGGGUCUCUUUCGAAUUUCACCGGGAGCACCUCGACGUCGAAUCUCCUGUUGGUAUGAAGGGAGGCAUCCAAUUGACUGCAUCCUGGGUUGCCAAAAUUGACCUCAUCCUGGGUUGCUACCACUGCCAGUUGCCCCAGGGGUCCGAAAAAACGGGGGGCGGCAGCUCUAGCGCUUUCUUCGUCAACACCCGCACAGAGCGGUCAUCCAUCCUAGACCGCCCUGGCCCGACGCUGCUUAACUUUCAUACUAAACAUUGGCGGGAAUUAGCUGGCGCAGAAUUGGAGAAGGCUUUAUCGUACAAAUGGAAUGUGAAUACAGCGAAGAAUGUGAUCAUUUUCGUGGGCGAUGGCAUGAGUCCUGAUACAAUUACCGCUAGUAGAAUAUUUCGUGCUGGUGAGACCAGUCAUUUGUCUUGGGAGACUUUCCCUCAUAUAGGAAUUCUUAAGACGUACAAUACUGACAAGCAAGUGCCAGAUUCAGCUUCGACAGCAACAGCUCUAUUCGGCGGAGUGAAGACAAAUUACAACGUAGUCGGCGUGGAUUCAAACGUAGCAAUGAAUAAUUGCUCUGCAAGCUUGAAUGCUGACUACCACGUGGACUCUAUAAUCUCGUGGGCGCAGGCGGUUGGCAAAGACACAGGAUUCGUGACAACCACCAGGGUGACUCACGCAACUCCGGCACCCCUGUACGCGCACAGCGCGAACAGAAAAUGGGAGUGCGAGUCGACAAUGCCGAAGACCGCCAAAAAGUGCAAAGACAUCGCCAGACAGCUCGUGGAGGAUCAGCCAGGGAAAAAUAUCAAGGUAAUCAUGGGAGGAGGUAGACAAAUGUUGAAAUCCAAUGCCACAGGCACUGAAUUUGAUCCUAUAGACAAUUGGGCUGGCCAAAGAAACGAUGGUAGAGAUUUAAUAGAGGAAUGGAAGCAGGACAAAACUGCUAGAAAUCUUUCCUUCAAGAUCGUUCAAAAUAACGAAGAAUUGUUUCACGUGGAUACUGAAAAAGUUGAUUAUUUGUUGGGUGUUUUUGCAAAUGGCCACAUCAGUAUGGAUUGGAAUAGAGAAAAAGGUCCCAAAGGACAGCCAAGUCUUGAAGAGAUGACCGUGACUGCCUUGAAGAUCUUGCAAAAGUCAAAACAUGGCUAUCUUCUUAUGGUCGAGGGCGGGCUCAUUGAUUAUGCUCAUCAUCGUGGCCACGCUGCACAGGCGUUGCUAGAAACUGUUAGGUUCUCAGACGCAAUUAAUGCGACCUUGGGUAUGGUUGACACUCAAGACACUCUUAUUAUUGUGACCAGCGAUCAUACUCAUUCUAUGAGUUUUAAUGGCUACAGCAAUAGGGGCUCGCACAUUCUAGGUGUAGCUCAGAAGUCCAAGCACGAUGGAAUUCCAUAUACAACGCUGACGUACAGCACAGGGGGGCCGAAUAACAUGGCGUACACGCUCAAGAAUGGUUUCGUCGUCAGGAUGGAUCCUUCCGAAGAAAAUACAACCGCGUAUACGUACAGUCAACAGGCAACUAUCAUAUCUGACGAAGCUUAUCACGGAGGCGGUGAUGUCGCUGUCUAUGCAAUAGGACCGUUUGCACAUUUGUUUCAUAGCGUGCACGAACAAAGUUACGUCGCCCGUGUGAUUGCACACGCUGCUGGUAUGCAGCCGAAAGCGUAUGGGAGCGCUGGAAAGCAAUACAAUAGUCUGGUCGACGUUUCCAUGUACAUUUGCUUCUUCCUCUUACUUUUACUUCAUUGACGAUAAAAAUAGAUUAAACCGCAAAUGCGUAUAAUCUUAAAAGAAAAGAAAAGUACAACGUCUUACGUAAGAUGUAAUGUAUAUUUAAAAAAAAAAAGAUCAAAGUUACAUGUCUCCUUAUCGUACUUAAGUAAGUAGGAUAGCGAAUGGCCGCGAAAAAUACACUUGGAUCCACUUGAUCACAGAUUACCUUAACUCGUUUUAGUGGACACAUCAAGUCAUUUUGACGAGUGACAGCUAAUAUAACCUUACGAUAUAGAAUAAAUCAUUUUUUUCUCGCA